AUGUCUGAAAUUCUCAGCUUUAAGGCCGGAGUGGCCACUUUUGAUGAAAACUCCAAGAUCUGCUCACCAACCCCGAUCAAAGGUGAGAUUAUCGUAAAACAUUCAGAAGAAGCAGAAGGUUUCUUUGAUUUCCAAUGGAAGCCCAUUGAAAAGGUAGCAUCCGGUAAUGUCGAUCCAAUCGAGUUCAUUUUGAUUCCUGGAUCUACAAAAUGGACACACAUCAAGUCGUGCAAGAGUGGAAGAGUGUUUUGUUUGGUGUUUUCGUCAGACGAAAAGCACUUCUUUUGGCUCCAGGACAAAAACCAGAACUCCGAGCAACUCAAUGAGCUGUCUGAGGCAGACAAAGCCAUAGAGCAGAAACUCACAGAGCUUUUGAGGUCCAAUGACGAAGAGGAAGCGCAAGAAGAGCAGGACCACAAGAUGCAAACUGAGGAUCAAACUGAAGACCAGGAUGUCGACAUGGACCUAGCACCAACUUCAAACCAACCAAUCGCACACAUAAGUGACUUUUUGCUCAAACAGCUCCUCAUCGACUACGUUGAGUCUCUAGAUCCGCAAUCACCUCAAUUGCGCCGUCUCUUGGAGCAUCUGCCUGCAGACCAGCGACGUGACAAGGCAGCUUUAGUGGAAUGUCUUCGUGGCCCUUUUUAUUACCAGGCCACGGAUUCACUCUCGCGAAGCCUACUAGAGGGCUUUGAAGCCUCCCUCGCGAUAUCCAAUGGCUUUGGAUACCAGUUUUCGGGAGACGGCGUUUUGGGAUUUCUGAAAGGAGCAAGGGCGAAAGCCAAGGAAGAAGAGCAAAAACAAGAUCAAAAUCAUUCUCGGCAAGACGAAAAUUGA